AUGGCGGCCCGAAACACUCUCCGUCGCUCUCUCCUUUAUGUCCCGGGCUCCUCCCAACGCUUCCUAGACAAGUCCCGCUCAUUAACAGCCGACUGUCUCACCUACGACCUAGAGGAUAGCGUAACACCGCAUAUGAAAGCAGAGGCUCGCAACCUAGUACGGAGAGCAAUCGACCAACCCUCGCCAACAGGGAUUCGCGAACGAGCUGUACGAAUCAACUCUGUAGACAGCGGACUCGCGCUGGGCGAUUUGACCGAAGUGCUCAAAUCACCCAACUUGACUACAAUCGUCAUUCCGAAAGUCAACUCGGCUUCUGAUUUGACAUUCGUGACAGAUGUCGUGAACCACACACUUGCCCAGCAAGAUAGAACAGAGAGAACGCCUAUCUCGCUCCUGGCCCUAGUUGAAUCCGCCAAGUCUCUCACGAACCUAUCGCAGAUAUGUGACGCUUCGCCGCUUCUGCAGGGGUUGAUUUUCGCGGCCGAGGACUUCGCUUUGGAUUUGAGUAUUACGCGAACGCCCUCGUUGACGGAGUUCCUGUUUGCACGCUCCGCUAUCGUGACUGCGGCACGGGCUGCGAAUCUACCUUCAACUAUUGACCUCGUCUGCACGGCUUACAAGUCUGAGAAGGGCGAUGGGCCGCCUGCCGUGUUGCAGGAGGAAUGCCGUGAUGGUAGACGGCUGGGAUUCAAUGGUAAGCAAUGUAUUCAUCCUACUCAGGCGAAGGUUGCAGAUGAGAUCUUUGGGCCUGAUCCGGCGGAGACGGAGUGGGCUAUGCGGGUUGUGGUAGCAGACGAGAAGGCUGCUAAGGCAGGACGGGGUGCUUGGACUCUCGACGGGAAGAUGAUCGAUGUCCCUGUUGCGCAAAAGGCGAAGGCUAUUGUGAAGAAGGCACAGGCUUGUGGGGUUGAUGUUGAUGCCUUGAGGGGAGAGUGGGAGCAUCAGGAGCCAGAGUAA